GAAGUCGCCCGCCAGACUCUGCCGCGCCCUGUCGGUUACUGGCCGCGGCGGCAGCUUCAGCAGCUUCGGCUGCUGCCCUCAAGCUGCCGCCGCUUUAGAAACUUGCUGAGGGACCGCGGGCAGAGAUCGGAAGACUGCGCUCCUUCUGGUCAUGAUUGCCCAGGGUAUGAUAAUCACUUGAGGAUGCUCCCUGCUGCAGAUAUCAUUUGACUCAUCAGAAAACUGUUUUUAAAAGAGAAAAUCCAUAUCACCAGAUCCAUUUCUUUAUUGAAUGGCUUGAUGGAUUUCCUGUACUUGGAUCUAUGCCAAAGCUGCCCUUCUCAACCAAAGCAAGAAAGAAAUCUGCAUGAAUCAGUCCCAGAAUGCCAUUUCUACAUCACCAAUAGGUGAAGAAAACCUCAUGAAUAUCAAUCACAGAGACUCAGAGAGCAUCACUGAGGUCUGCUCCAAUGAAGACCUUCCCGAAGUUGAGCUGGUGAGCCUGCUAGAAGAACAGCUGCCGCAGUAUAAGCUGAGAGUGGACUCUCUCUUUCUGUAUGAAAACCAAGACUGGACUCAGUCCCCACACCAGCACCAACAUGCCUCUGAUGACCUCUCUCCAGUCCUUGCUGAGGAGACUUUCCGUUAUAUGAUUCUGGGCACCGACAGGGUGGAACAGAUGACCAAAACUUACAAUGACAUCGACAUGGUUACACAUCUCCUGGCUGAGAGGGACCGUGACUUGGAGCUAGCAGCUCGCGUUGGCCAAGCUCUCUUAAAGCGGAAUCAUGUCUUAUCUGAGCAGAAUGAAGCGCUGGAGGAGCAAUUGGGACAAGCCUUUGAUCAAGUUAAUCAGCUGCAGCACGAGCUGUCCAAGAAAGAAGAGCUACUUCGAGUCGUCUCCAUUGCGUCUGAAGAGAGUGAGACGGACUCCAGUUGUCCCACCCCUCUCCGCUUCAAUGAGUCCUUCAGCUUAUCUCAGGGCCUGCUGCAGCUGGAGAUGCUGCACGAGAAACUCACGGAGCUGGAAGAAGAGAAUAUGGUUCUGCGAUCUAAGGCUUGUAACAUCAAGACAGAAACUAUUACCUACGAAGAGAAAGAACAACAGCUUGUCAGUGACUGUGUUAAAGAACUUCGUGAAAGCAAUGAGCAGAUGUCCAGAAUGACAGAGGAAUUGUCAGGGAAGAGUGAUGAACUGAUUCGGUACCAAGAGGAGAUCUCCACCCUCCUGUCUCAGAUUGUAGACCUUCAGCACAAACUGAAAGAGCAUGUGAUUGAGAAGGAAGAACUAAGACUUCACCUACAAGCUUCCAAGGAGGCUCAAAGACAACUCACGAUGGAGCUGCAUGAGUUGCAAGAUAGGAAUAUGGAAUGUCUCGGAAUGCUCCACGAAUCCCAAGAAGAAAUAAAGGAACUCCGGAGCAGAGCUGGGCCUGCUGCCCAUCUCUAUUUCUCCCAGUCCUAUGGAGACUUUUCUGGGGAAUCUCUGGCAGCUGAGAUUGAGGGGACCAUGCGUAAAAAGUUCACAUUGGAUGAGAACUCGUGUCUCUUUCAACAAAAGACCCAGCAAAAGCGGGUGUUUGAUACCGUCAGGGUUGCCAAUGACUCUCGGGGACGUUCUGCCCCCUGCCCAGCGCUGCUCGCUAUCCCGGGCUCCAACCGUUCGAGUGUCAUCAUGACAGCAAGACCUUUGGAGUCAGGUUCACAGCCGUCAGAGGACGGAGCGCUUGGGAAGCAGGGCCACGCGUCAGAGCAGGUUGCUCGGACCGCUGAGGAGAUGAGUCAGCCAGGACCCUCCGGAGAUGGCGAUGUGGCUACAGCACUGCAUCGCCUUAGUCUGCGUCGACAGAACUACUUAAGUGAGAAGCGGUUCUUUGCUCAAGAAUGGGAGCGGAAGAUCCAGGUUCUAGCCGACCAAAAAGAAGUUGGUAGUGGUGGCACCACCCCCACCGAGAGCAUCGCUACUCUCUGUACCGACCGCUCGGAGAUAACGGACCUCAGCAGUGCCAGUUGCCUUCGGGGGUUUAUGCCAGAAAAGCUGCAAAUCGUCAAGCCCCUGGAAGGAUCACAAACUCUACACCAUUGGCAGCAGCUUGCUCAACCAAACUUGGGAACCAUUCUUGACCCACGACCAGGUGUCAUCACUAAAGGCUUUACCCAGUUGCCCAAGGACACCGCCGUCUAUCACCUCUCAGAUUUGGAAGAGGAUGAAGAAGAGGGAAUCACUUUGCAAGUUCAGCCCCCUCUUCAAGUGGAGCAGAAAGCUUCAAUGUCUGAGCCCGUGACAGGGAUCUUCCUCCCACCCAUGACUUCAGCAGUUGCAGCCCCAAACCCAGGAAAGUGUCUGUCAUUCACAAACUCGACAUUCACCUUCACCACCUGUAGGAUACUGCAUCCUUCUGACAUCACUCAGGUCACCCCCAGUUCUGGGUUCCCUUCACUCUCCUGCGAAAGUCGUGGAAGCAGUUCAUCGGGCACAGCAGUCCCUUCUCCUGCCCUGUCCUCCUGCAGACUCAGUACUGGGCAGUCCAUCACCAACCGACGGGAUUCUACUAUAACUCUCAGUAGCACCAUGAGUCUGGCCAAACUUCUCCAAGAGCAAGGCAUCUCGGCUACAGUGUACCAUAGCCCAGUUUCAGCGAGCCCCUUCCUCCAGUCUCCCCCCAAAACCCUGACUAUCCCUUCCACUCCACCAAAUUCACCUUCGCACUCCCCCUGCCCGUCCCCAUUGCCCUUUGAAUCUCGAGCACAUGCCUCUGAAAAUUUCUUGGCCUCCCGACCAGCUGAAACAUUCCUCCAGGAGAUGUAUGGCCUGAGACCUUCCCGGAACCCCCCUGACGUUGGCCAGCUGAAGAUGAACUUGGUGGACAGGCUCAAGAGACUGGGGAUAGCCAGAGUGGUCAAGACCCCCAAUGCCCAGGAAAAAGGAAGAAGCCAAGAAACAGAAAUUGGUCUUCAAAAACCAGACUCUGCCGUUUAUUUAAAUUCGGGUAGCAAUUUAUUAGGAGGACUGAGGAGGAACCAGAGUCUUCCAGUCAUGAUGGGUAGGUAUGGAACCCCAGUUUGCACAUCCUCACCCAAAAUGGGUGUCGUGAAGGAGGACUGAGGCUCAACAGUGACCUAACUUCAUGUACGGUAGACAUGCACGGGCACGCGAGGGGAAAGUAUGUCGUAGGAGGGUUGGGAACGUGCAAAGGGGCAAGUGGUAGGAGGGAAACGGAGCUGGAAUGAGGCCCUAACGGACCAGGUGUGGUAAAUGAAAUUGAUCAGUGAAGGGACCGUGAGUGUUUGGAGACGGGCAAAGGCAAGUUUAAUACACUCCUUCCGGUAGAUUCUCUUGUCAUGAAAAUAGAUGGUGAAUAACAAGGUUCUUUAAUAAUGCAACAUACCAGAAAUCCUGAACUUGCUAACCCAUUUUAUUUCAGGUAAGCAAGCUGAAGCAGGGAGAACUUGGGUUAGAGAGAGAGAGAAAAGAAGAGUUUGUUGCUUAAAGCCAUGGGUUAAACUCCAUGUGUUACUGAGACACGGUGGUCAGAAGGUGAUGGUUUCCCCUGUGGGUGUCCCUUCUCUCUACAGGUAUGUUACAGCAUUAGCAAAGCAAGAACUCUUACCUUUUUGCACAAGAUCAGAAGUGGAAACUCCCCUUUUCUUAGGUUUUCAGGCCUUUGAGCCACCGGGAGCAUAAAUACCACCCAAAUUCCUUUUGUAUUUGCAAUGAAUGAAGACAUCUGGCUGUUUUUUAAAUUUGUAUUUUUACGCAGCCUGCGCACACGCACAAACACAACAUGGGUGGGCAGUGGGCCUGAAAGAGGCCUACUUGAAGCAAGAAACGGGGGUUCCGGUGGAACCAACGAAACUCCUUUCCAGAGUACUUCCUUUGGUAAGCACAGUGACCAAGAAAUAUGAACCUAAUCAAAGGGCAUUCAAAUAUCCUUGGAGGCUGCCAGGAAUUAAGCAGAAGUGCAAUCAAUAGGAAUUAGGGGAUGUUGUCUAUUAUAUAAAACUUUUAUAUGGAACAUUGAUUGCAAUUAAAUAUUUUCCAAAGUAUGCUAUGCAUAUUUUUAAUGAACAAUGACAUGUAUUUGCAUAAAAAUUCUCAGGCACAUUAAAUUAUAAACUUAAGUCAAUCCCUGGUGCUUCCUUUGAGAUCAUAUGUUGUUUUGUUCUUAAUGUGAUCAAAUGUGCGCACACCUGUCUGGUACUAGACAGCAGUAGAAUUAGAGAAUGAACUGCUUAAAGGGAGAGUCAAAGCAUUUGUGUUUUCUCUGGGCUCCCCCCACCACCCUUUUUUUUCCUCUUUUAAUUUAAACUGAAAUGGCCGGUGAGCCUUUUGGGGUAAGCUUCAGCAGUCAUCAGGGUGACGCAGGCUGUGAGCUGAUCGAGGUCUCAGCAGCUUCAAUGAGUCAGGGCCGUUCUGGAGCGAAUGACAGGCGGGAUGGAGAGAAGUGAAGAGGGACUGAUUCUAAUUGUUUCUCAGAAGAGGGAUGAGCCUAUUUAUUUGGGUGCUUAAUAUGCAAAUGUGCUGAAAGACAAGUGGCUGGACCCAGAAGGAUCUUGCUCCUGCCUGUUCCCAGGCCACAGGGAGGGCCUUCCUUCCGCUUGCCUUUCUUCCCCAAUAGCAGUGUGCUCAGAAGGGUAGGAAGACCAACAUCCAGGAGGGUAAGAAUGCGGGAGAGUUCUCUACCCUUUUUAUAGCUUGUUGAUAAAAUUGUUCUAACUUCCCCCAAACUGAAACUGUGAGGUCUUCUUCACCCCUUUCUCCUCUGUCCAUUCAGCCAGCUGAAGUCCGCAGAGCGGACGGACGCACAGAAAGGGGCUCUGCAGCCCAAGUGACUCUCGGGUCUCCCCGCCCGGCGGGCAUUACGCUGGAGGGCCUGCUGGGCCGAUUUCCGAGAUACUCCAGUUCACUCCUUAAUAGCAGCGUGGGAGCUUGUCUUUCGUGAGGAAACUAGCCAGUUGGUAAAGCUUUUUAUUCUCUCAAAAAACUAGUCUUCUGUUGCCUGAGCAUUUCAUCAGCUCCCAAGAAACAUCAAGCAGAGGAAGAAUCAAGGCCCAGAGAGUAGUACAAAGUACCAAAUGAUCAGAUUUAUAUAUAGAUUAUAAAUAGCUGUAAAUUGAGCUAGACUUUUAUAGUGCUCUGUAUUGAAUUAUAUUUAAUACAUUUUAAAGAACUGAUAUAUAAACAACCAGAUCAUUACUUUUUUUCCAGGGGGGGCGGGCACGGUUAAAAAGCCCUGGUGGCCCAGUUGGCUAAGCACGUGCCUGCUCACCCAGACGCCUGUUGAUGGUGCCUGGCAGUCUGCUGCUAUGGAGCUUGCCACCGUGGAAGUCCCGUGGGGCAAUUCUGUGCUGCCAGUAGGGUCCCUAUGAGUCUGCUGAACUGGGGGCCGGUGUCUAGGAAAAUUAGCCAAAUCAGCACAUCUGUUUAAAGGAACCAGAAUUAGGUUUUUGAAAAGGAGGAUGAUGAUGUUCCACCAAAAAACAAUAAUUUUAGACCUGUGUGUGCUGGUUUCUAGGAACAAAAUCUUUGUCCAGUAGUAGGUUUUGCUGCAUUUGGCAUUUUCAGCAAAAAAUUCGUGUUGAGUGCAGCCUGGAAAUCUCUACUGUGAUGGAAUUGUGGGCAGAGCCCUAGGGAAAGACUGAGUCGGCAGCUAGUUUUUCCUCAGCUUACCUCUGACCCUUGGGCACCACUCUCGUUUCAGUUUCUCUGUAACAUCAACUACCGUGUACACUCGAGUAUAAGCUGACCCGAAUAUCAGCUGAGGCACCUAACUUUACCACAAAAACUGCAUUAAAAAUGUGCUGAAAAACUCGGUGUACAUACGGUACGUGCUUUCUUAACACCAUAGGAAACCUCAGUUGCUUUUCCCUCCAAAAAUGUUUUCCGUGACUAUUACCUCAGGUACUGCAGAGUUACUCUUUCAAAUAGGAAUAUCUCUAUGAGCUCAGAACGAAGGGUUUUCACCUAAGAGAAAUCAUUUUACAACAUUGGUGAUCCCAAAUCAUGUAAAUAGCCUUAAAUAAAAAUGAAGGAACAUUGUUACAGUCAUUUUUUAAAUGUUUUGUGCGAUAUGUCUUUCCUUUGACAUACAGCACAGACUUUGGCAAGGGAAGGAAGGAAGCUAGAAGCUGCUCAUCGGAGCCAAUUGUCAGUAUUCAAAGCUUGUUUCUUGCAACCACGAGAACUCGUGAUUAUUGCUUGUUAGUUAUUAACGUUGGUGGCAUCUGGAGCUCGCCGUGCUGGUGUUUAAUGAUCACUUCUCUGAUGGCAGAUGGGUGCAGGCCACCGCUCCACCAGCAACACAGCCCCCAAAACACACUGCCACAGAGUUCUUUCAGACUCCCUGACCCUGAGUAGGGUUUCUGAGACGGUAGAUCUCUGCAGGAGUAGACAGCCUCAUCUUUCUCCCAUGGAGCGGCUGGUGGGUUUGACCCACCAAUCAUGUGGGCAGUCUCCCAACACCUCUACAGACAAAACAAUAGCAGCAAAAUGGCGGACACAGAUUGGUUGCUUAAGGAGCACAGCCACCCAGGAGUGGGCAUCACUGCCGUCUGCCUGAGGCCAGAGAAACAGGAUGUAUUAUUUGGUACCUGGGACUUUCAACUUUAUCAAACAACUCUUUGUGCACCUACUUUUGCUUUAUCAAAUGUAAAUCGGAUAAUAAACGUUAACAUCUUCUUAAA